AUUCAGGGGAGCACACACUUUCUGGAGCUGCUGCCUGCAACAACUGCGGAAAAAAACAAAAGUCGUAUAUAAUGGAAGCAAAGUCGUAAUUAUAAAGUGAUGUACGCGUGUCAGAUGUUUAGAUAAACGCAUGGCAAAACGGUGGACACUUUUCUUUGAUUAUUUUGAGUUUGAAAUGUUAAGGAAAUCAAUCACCCCAUGUCUUGAGCCACUACGCCGGUUGUGCACAGUCUACGGUGGCGAAGGGCUGGCGUAAUUAGGCCAGCAAUUGGCCUAGUCAAGUGCAUCCCAAAGUGUCAGAUAUAGCUUGCUGAAUUACUUUUGUCAACAAACGUCGUUGACGUCCCUGAUAUGGCAAUUGAAAGUUGCUGUUUGCAAAUUGUGGCUACUACUAGCCAUUGUUACUCAUCGACUUUUUAGCUAACGUUAGCAAACUGCCUUACUAGCUGGCUAGCUAGCUCAGCUACCAUCUGGCUAUGUUGGACUGAGCUAGCUAGCUAGCCAGCUAACACAGCUUGCGAGUUUCAGUUUUUAAACUAUAUUUAUUAACGUUUUAGGUCCGCCAGUGUCUUGGCAAGUUGUGUCAUGUAAUAAUAUUUUUAUGAUUCUUUGAGUGCGCGUGUCUAGCAUGUUUUAGCGAUUUUUUUAUUUUAUUUUAACAUCUUGGUUUUAAUGAAUAGCUAGUUAGCCAGUUAGCAAUGUCUCUGCCAUCCGCCGAUAUGAUCGAAACUCCCCCUGGAUAUCCCUUUGAAGAAAUAGAUUAUGUGGAUAUUGAAGUUGAGGAGGUCGUGGGGAGAGGUGCAUUUGGUGUUGUCUGCAAGGCCAAAUGGAAAGGCAAAGACGUCGCAAUCAAGACAAUAGAGAGUGAAUCUGAAAGGAAAGCGUUCAUAGUUGAGCUGCGACAACUUUCGCGUGUGAAUCACCCCAACAUUGUGAAGUUGUAUGGCUCAUGCAAUAAUCCGGUCUGCCUGGUGAUGGAAUAUGCUGAAGGGGGGUCUCUGUACAAUGUGCUGCAUGGUACUGAACCCCUCCCCUAUUACACUGCUUCCCAUGCCAUGAGCUGGUGUUUUCAGUGUUCCCAAGGGGUCGCCUAUCUCCAUGGCAUGAAACCAAAGGCUCUCAUUCACAGGGACCUCAAGCCACCCAACCUGCUCCUUGUUGCCGGUGGCACCGUGCUGAAGAUAUGUGACUUUGGGACAGCGUGUGACAUUCAGACACACAUGACCAACAACAAAGGAAGUGCUGCUUGGAUGGCCCCAGAGGUGUUUGAAGGCAGCAAUUACAGCGAGAAGUGUGAUGUGUUCAGCUGGGGCAUCAUUCUCUGGGAGGUGAUCACACGCAGGAAGCCCUUUGAUGAGAUCGGGGGGCCGGCCUUCCGCAUCAUGUGGGCUGUGCAUAAUGGCACCCGCCCACCGCUCAUCAAGAGCCUUCCCAAACCCAUUGAGAGCCUGAUGACCCGCUGCUGGUCUAAAGACCCCUCCCAGAGGCCCUCCAUGGAGGAGAUAGUCAAGAUCAUGACUCAUCUUAUGCGAUGCUUCCCAGGAUCUGAUGAACCCUUGCAAUACCCGUACCAGUAUUCAGAUGAAGGACAGAGUAGCUCUGCCACCAGUACAGGUUCCUAUGUGGAUAACACUUGCACCAGCAACAAGAGUGACACAACCAUGGAGCAUGAGGACUCUCAAGGGAGCAACGACACCAUCAACAUCACACCUCAGUUUGCACAUCAGUUCAGGCCAAAGGUUGACCCGUUGCGGAGCCUGCCUCUGUCCAGAGGGGGCAGUGUGGAGAGCCUGUCGGGGCGAAACCACAGCCUGCUGUCCUCAGAGAGCAAGAGAAUGAGCGCAGACCUGUCAGAGCUGGAGCACAGGGUGCCUUUCGCUCCCGCAGCACGUCCCCAGUAUAAACGAGGCCACCGUAAAACGGCAUCAUUUGGCACCAUUCUGGACGUUCCCAAGAUCGUCGUCACAGCCACCUGUGAGGCACAGAGACGUAGAUCUGUACAGGACCUCCCGGGAGUCGGCACAGAGUCCAGCCAGGGGAGCCGGAACAGCAGCAGGUCCUCCAGUCCAAGUGUGAGGAUGAUGCCGCCUGAUAAGACCAGCAGCAGAGGGUACAGUUUCUCUCCCGAUGACCCCACAGAUACCAACGGCUCAGACAACUCCAUUCCCAUGGCAUAUCUCACUCUGGACCACCAGCUGCAGCCCCUCGCUCCUUGCCCAAACUCCAAAGAGUCCAUGGCUGUGUUUGAGCAGCACUGUAAAAUGGCCCAGGAGUACCUGAAAGUGCAGACAGAAAUUGCCUUGCUGAUCCAGAGAAGGAAGGAGUUGAUCGCUGAACUGGACCAAGAUGAGAAGGACCAGCAGAACACGUCCCGCCUGGUCCAGGAGCACAAGAAGCUGCAGGAGGAGAAUAAGUCUCUGUCUACCUACUACCAGAAGUGCAAAAAGCAGCUGGAACUGAUCCGCGCCCAACAACCGAAGAGACAGGGCACCUCAUGAUGAGCCACAAGCUGGCCCCUACCUGGAUCAUGCUGCAGAGACACACAAACAAAAUGUCCCCAUGUCAUAUCACCUGCUCUCGUCCUCUUCCUCUCCUCUACUGUCCUGGGUCACCUGUAGUCUGGUCUGAAACCCAAAUCUCUCCUCCUCCCUCUGCCCCAUGACAACUAUGAUCUCAGCCUAUGUGCCCCCUCCCACUAGCGUCUGGGCCCUGUAGGUUCCAGUGGAUCUUGUUUUACCUUGUACUGUAAAGAGACCUGUGUUUUACUGUAUACCUGCAUGUUGCGUCAUAGACACACUGCUGAUUAACAUGGAAUGGACAAUGAGGUGUGCACUCAAGCAGGCUGUUAUGGAAAGUCUCUCUCUCUGUGUCUAUACGUUUGCACAUGUUUACAGUAUAUUCUUUGAUAGCAGACCAAAACAAUCAGCAUCCAUCUACCCUCUCUGUCCAUAAAGAGCUGUUAUCCCGAGGUUGUGAUUUCCCUAGGUUCAGUGAACACAGAGGGCAGAGGGGUGGGCUUCUAGCCCUCGAUGGUCAGCCAUCCUUUGGGUCAGGAAGGAUGCUUCUUGAGGUGUGAGUACUGUACAGUAAACUGCUAUUGCCUUGUGUUCCACUGAGCCUGAUGGGAGGGGAGGCCAGUGAGGGGUAUGAAAUAUGUUUGUCUCUAUUGUUCUCAGGGCCCCUCGGACCCUCCCCUGGGCUGCCUGGUCAGUGUGUGGCCUCCCCUCCUCACAUUGGUUAGUCUGACCCUGACCUGUGUCCUUGAGAAUGUGAAAAACAAAGAUGGUCUAGACAAAAAGUGUGAAUUACAUUCAGAAUUUUGUGUUUUUAAUUAAUUACGAGCAGAAUGUAUUUCAGACUGUUUGAUCACUAAGUUCUAAGUGUGUUUUUUUACCCUCUAAUGAAAAAAUUGCCACCCUUGUAUCCAUAUAAUGUAGACGUCUCUGUUCUUGCCCCUAGUUUUUAUGGCAGCGUGACCCAUUACAGAAGAAAUCCACCACAACCUGACAACCUAUCUGAAAGUAUUUAAUGUAGGUUGCAUUCAUUUUAACGAGGGAUGUAUUUUAGAUAUGCCUUGUACAUCCAGGAUGUGUUUGUGGAUAAAAAAGGAAUGCCUUGGCUUGUUAAAGUACCUGUAUAGAAACGUGGGUUGGGUCUCAAACAGAGAUGCAAUAUUUAUAGUCUGCUUUCAACAACAAAAGCAAAAUAUGAGACUUAUUUUCUCAACCUGCUUAAGUAAAAUAAACUAUGUAUGAGGUUUAUUGUGACUUCAGUAUUUUAUGUUUGUUUGUUUCUUUCUUUUUAUUCUAUAGUUUUACUUUGUAUAAGUAAGACACUGUUUUUGUGCUAAGAAUUAUACUUUUAUCUGGUAUGGGAAUAUAUAAAAGAAUGAGAGACCUAUCCCUCUCCUAAAUGUUUGUUUUUAGUUCACAUGUUGCCUUAGAAUUUGAUUGCUAGCUUUUGAAGUACUUGACUUGUUUUUCUUUGCUUUAUUGAGGGGGGAGAAGUUGUUCAAUUGCGCCUCAUUUUAAUGUAGUCAGUGAGAAUGAUGUGACUGUGUUUUGGGGGAGGAUUGUAUAUUAUGCUAAUGUUUCCCAGGAGGCUGAUUGUCUGGUCAAAUGAAUGAUGUUAAUAUGCUGCAAAGGAAAUCAUGAUGAAAUCUGUCACUGCUUUUCCCAAUGAAUAGAAUUCAUCCCAGUAGCUUUAAGUAUCCAUGCAAAAAGAAAGUUGAUAAAAUAACUAUACUUAAAAGGAGAAAUAAUCUUACUUUAAAAAGUUGUCUUGCUGUUUCAUUUGAGCAGACCUGUCUUAGGUACAGUCCUUCAAAUAUUUUGCACAAUCUGAUUUUACUGAUCACAUGUAACGAACAGUUUGGUUCUGGUACUUUGAAAUACACAUUCUGAUGUACGAGAGAUGAUAGGUGAAAUUGUGGGUUCAUUUGCUGCAGUGAGUGUAUAUACCUAGUUUUUCAGUUUAAAGUUAUGUUCACUAUAUCGUUUCAUUUACCAUUUAUAAAAUGUUUCUUAAGCUAUUGGGAACAGGUAUGUGCCUAGGAGGGAGGCAUCAUUAAAUAAACUAAACAGGGACAAAUUGUA